UCUACGGCCGUCUUCUUACGUGUUUGUAAGCGUCUAUCAUUGUUUACCAUCUUAACAAUAUAUUUGUCGCAGGCAUUGACUCUCCCUUUCUUUGUUGCAGCAAUACCGAAUCUACCCCUGAAACGACAAAUAUCAACCAUGGCCUCAACCAACUACAAGGAAGCGUUCUCGCUUUUCGACAAGCGCGGCACGGGAAAAGUAUCGCUUGAGUCCCUCGGUGACCUGCUGCGCGCAUGCGGCCAGAACCCCACCCUCGCGGAGAUUGCAGAUCUGGAGAAGAGUAUCGGCGGCGACUUCGACUUCGAGUCGUUCCUGAAGGUGCUGAACCGCCCUGGUGGAUUCCGGGAGCCCGGCGAGCCCGAGGAUUAUUGUCGGGGAUUUCAGGUGUUUGAUAAGGAUAUGACUGGGUUUAUUGGGGUGGGGCAGUUGCGUUACAUUCUCACGAAUCUGGGCGAGAAGAUGUCGGAUGAGGAGGUCGAUGAGCUGCUGAAGGCGGUUGAUACCAGCUCUGGCGAGAUCAACUACACCGAACUCGUCCGCACGAUCCUGGCCAACUGAACGAUUACGAUACCCCCCUUGACGCUUCCACGAUGGUUUUACGAUGUGCGCUGCGCGUCCGUCCACGCAGUCGGUGACUUGACUUGUCGGCUCCGCUUUAGCAAUUAGUUUAUAUUCAGAUAAUAUGACUUUUGUACUUUU